AUGGGAGCUCUUUUGCUCGUUUUGCUUUUGGCUUUCUUACUUUCAAUACCAAAUAUUUGCUUGGGAAAGGAUUUAAUUACUAAAACCCAAUUCCUUAGAGAGGGGGACACCACCGUUUCAGAGGGUGGAACCUUCGUAAUGGGAUUUUUCAACCCCACCAAUUCCUUAAACCAUUACAUAGGUAUAUGGUACAAACAAGAUCCAGUUAAGACAGUGGCUUGGGUUGCAAACAGAGAUGCCCCACUUGCUGACAGAUCUUCGGCUGUCUUGAAGAUCACCCUGGGAGGCCAACUUGUACUUGUUGGAGACAAGGGUCAGCCUGUUUGGUCUGCCAACACAUCAAGAUCAUCGGUUGGGUGGAAUUUGCAGACUGGGCAUGAGGAUUUCUUAACAGCUUGGAAGAGUGAAAAUGACCCAGCUUCAGGCCAAUAUACACUGCACCUGGAUCCUACUGGAUAUCCACAAUUCAUUCUCAAGAAUGGAACAACUGAGAUUUUUAGCUCAGGUCCAUGGAAUGUUUUGCGCUUUAGUGUAACAUCAGAACAGAGGAACACCAAGCCUGGACCACAUGGACAGGUUAUAAAUAAAAAGGAUGUUUAUUAUUGCUAUAAUAUCAGUACUGAGUUUGGUUUAUUUAGAUUUCUUGUUAGCAGCAAUGGUGUUCUAAAAUCAUGGACAUGGGAAAAUGAGAUCAAACAAUGGGAGAGUUUUCAUAGCCAACCGGCAGAUAUUUGUGACACAUAUGGUUUAUGUGGUAGAAAUGGUGUCUGCAACAUACAGGAUUAUCGUAGUUGUGGAUGUUUCGAAAUUUUUUUGUCUAAUGAUAAUGCAACAGAAAGCUUGUCACGAGGAUGCCAUAGGAGAACUCCCCUGAUGAAUUGCCACAAUAAUGGAUCCUCAUCAUCAGAUGGAUUCGUCAAAUAUUCUGAUAUCAAAUUGCCAGAUACAAAGCACUCUUGGUAUAAUGAAUCUAUGAGCCUUCAAGAAUGUGAACAAGUUUGCUCGAGGAAUUGCUCUUGUAUGGCUUAUUCCACUCUCAAUAUAAGCAAUGGAGGAAGUGGGUGUUUGAUUUGGUAUGGUGAUUUAGUUGAUAUGAGAACAAUACCGGAUGGGCAAGACAUAUACAUCAGACUGGCUGCUACUGAAAUACCAGGGGUGGUGCUUUUCUGGUGUUUUUGCAAAACAAAAAACACAGAACAAAAGUUGAAGGAAGAAUUAGCCCUACCAAUACACUACACCAAAUCAGGCAUUUAG